AUGACGUCUUCAGAUGAUGGAACCCUUGAUGAGUUGCUGUACAGCAGUUUCCAUGACAACAGCGAGGGCGGGGCAGAGUCUCCGUCUCUUGUAGCAGCUCCUCUGAUAUGUGGAGGAUGUGGCGAGCGGGUCAGUGACCGUUUCGUCCUGUUAGCCGCUGGACAGGCGUGGCAUGGGCCCUGUUUACGCUGCAGUCAGUGCCAGUGUGAGCUUCAAACACACUCCUCACUCUACUGCAGAGACGGCAGCAUCUACUGCCAGCUGGACUACUGCAGGCUUUUUGGUGUUGGGAGAUGCGCCCGCUGCUCUCAGCCAAUCCCGUCAUCCGCUCUGGUCAUGAGGUCUGGCGACUUGACCUUUCACCUUCAGUGCUUUUCCUGCCAGGAAUGUGACGUCACUCUGCUUCCAGGAAACCUGUACUGUGUUGAAGGCCGGAGCCUUUACUGUCAAUCACAUUACCAAACUGACGAAUCCUCACUGUCCCUCCAACUUACCAACUCACAGGUUCAAGUUUCAAGAGAUGGGGAGGAGCCAGUGAGCAGUCCCGAGCCGCGACUGGACGAGAGGGUCCCCGGGGGUGGGGCUCAGAGACGUGUUAAGCGAAUGAGGACCUGUUUUCGGAGGGAGCAGCUGAGGGCUUUGGAGGCCUACUUUGCUCAGAAGCACAACCCGGAUGGCAAAGACUGGAUCAGCCUGUCCAACCACACUGGCUUACCAAAGAGAGUCUUACAAGUGUGGUUUCAGAACGCGAGGGCCAAGCUCAGACGCUCCCUGUCUUCUGACGCUCCACACACAGCCAUAUCCACGUUUGCCUCUGAAGCUGAAACCAUAGAAACAGUCGCUAUGGCACCCUGUCAGGAUGUUCUAACCCAGCAGACCAGCACGAUUGACCAGCUGGAGCUCUCUUUACUCACGGCUCCCAUCUGCGAAACUUCCCUGAACCACAACAUGGACCACACCAGUCCAGUGGAAACGUACAACAACUCGGCCCUCCUGGACUACAGUACCCAGAAUGCUCAUGUACUCUCUUCCUUGGGGGAUAUUGACCUUGAACCCGGAAUUAUAAUGGAAUUACAUCAUGAAGAGUCGGUCAGCAUGCCUUGA